UCCCAUGUCGCCCCUCGCUCAGGAGGAAGUGCGUCAUCACCCGUGACCUUGUACCCCGGUGUUUGAAGAGACAGAGGACGAGCAUGGCGAAUAAAGAUCCCGGUGGUUUCCUGCAGCAGCUGCGACAGAUCGCAGGUAGGAUGUCUUCUGGACCUCGUGGGACAGGGAUCGGUAUCAAACUGCUGAUUGGUGCUGGAGCUCUGGCUUAUGGACUGAAGGAAGCCACAUACACAGCGGUGCAUCAGCUUUCCAGAGAGGGAGCUGCGGGUCUGAGAGCUGACGUGCCAAUGACGUCACUUCCAGUGGAGGGAGGUCAGAGGGCGAUCGUCUUCAACAGGAUUGGUGGGAUCCAGAUGGACACGGUACUCGCUGAGGGACUUCACUUCAGGAUUCCCUGGUUCCAGUAUCCGAUCAUCUAUGACAUCAGAGCCAGACCCAGAAAAAUCUCCUCACUCACAGGAAGCAAAGAUCUUCAGAUGGUGAACCUCACAUUGCGAGUUUUGUCUCGUCCUCUGGCGUCCAACCUUCCUUUCCUCUACCAGCAUCUGGGACAAGACUAUGACGAGCGCGUCCUCCCGUCCAUCGUCAACGAGGUUCUGAAGAGUGUGGUGGCAAAAUUCAACGCUUCACAGCUCAUCACACAGAGAGCACAGGUGUCCCUGCUGAUCCGAAGAGAGCUGUAUGACCGAGCCAAAGACUUCAACAUCAUCCUGGACGAUGUGGCCAUCACUGACCUCAGCUUCAGUCGAGAGUACACCGCCGCCGUGGAGGCCAAACAAGUCGCCCAGCAGGAGGCGCAGCGAGCUCAGUUCUAUGUGGAGAAGGCCAAACAGGACCAGAGACAGAAGAUCAUCCAGGCUGAAGGAGAAGCUCAGGCUGCAAAGAUGCUGGGCGAGGCUGUGACGAAGAACCCAGGUUACCUGAAACUGAGGAGGAUCAGAGCGGCACAGACCAUCGCUAAGACGGUGGCGCAGUCUCAAAACAAAGUGUACCUGAAUGCGGACAGUCUGGUACUCAACGUGCAGGACUGCGACAAGUUCAAUUUGUCGCUGGCGAAGUGAAGACCACGCCCCCUCCUCAGUGUGAAAUCAUCAUUCCUCCAGAGAAAUGAAAUCCCCUGGUUCCUCUCACUUCUCUGAGGAUCUCGGUCGGGUCACAAACUGGGUCUUUUAUUUUGAAAGGCUCCUCUUGUGUUGGAAGAUGCCCAAGUCUGUCGUUCGUUUGUUUUUCAUCACGUUUUUGUUGUUUGUUUUGUUUACAGUGAAGAAUCGGACUUUAAAUAUUUGUCAGGAAACACUUUACACUUCGUCAUGAUUAACCUUUCAUUGUUACUGUCAUUAAAGCGUUAAACGGCGACUGUUCUGCAGGUGUUUUUGUUUGAACAUAAAUAUUCGGCCGCGUCCCAUUUCUGCUGUUAUUAAAGCGUUAAACCGCGACUGUUCUGCAGGUGUUUUUGUUUGAACAUAAAUAUUCGGCCGCGUCCCAUUUCUGCUGUUAUUAAAGCGUUAAACCGCGACUGUUCUGCAGGUGUUUUUGUUAAAACGUAAAUAUUCGGGUGCGUUCCAUUUCUACUGUCAUUAAAGCGUUUAACGGCGA